AUGGAGUGGACAAAAGAACAUGACAUCUUUCUGCUGAGGGAAAUGCUAGCUUCUGAUAUAUUUCACUACAGAAAAGGAAGCCCUGACAGGGGGAGAAUUUGGGACGAAAUAGCAGACAGGCUUAAUGCAACAAAAGAUAUGGUCUUUCAUAUAAAGGAAAAGAGAUCUGUUCGAGAUAGAUGGAUUUUACUUAAGAACAAGUUAAAAAAAAAUAGACGUGAAGAAGAAGCUGCAAGCGGUAUUGAGGUGGACGAGCAGGAUGAAAAAGAUAUAUUGAUAGAGGAGCUCACCGAUCAAGAGGAAACUACGAAAGAAAGCAUAGGAAGCAAAGAAAAGGCAGAUAAAGUUGCUGCAGAAGAUGUGAGAAACAAAGCCCUGGAAAGAUUGGGAGAAACAAAAAAGAGAAAACAAGAAGUUGAUGGUAAUGAUGUAACCAAGAAAACCAGAGUAAGAAGAAGUACAGAAGGUGCUUUAAUUUUUUUGAAAGAGAAAGCUGAACAAGAGUUAGAGAUAAGAAAACAAGACCAAAAGAUCCAACAGCAAGCUCAACAUCAACAAAUACAACAGCAGCAACAGAUUAUGCAGAUGGUCCAAGCCCAUAAUGAGCAAAUGCAAAUGAUCCAACAACAGCAGAUGCAACAAAACCAAUGUUUAAUGGCACUACUACAAAAGGUUUUACUCAUCAACCAUAACUAUUAA